GGUCAGUCCCAGUCAGGACACAGCAUGGACAUGAGGGUCCCCGCUCAUCUCCUGGGGCUCCUGCUGCUCUGGCUCCCAGGUGCCAGAUGUGACAUCCAGAUGACCCAGUCUCCAUCCUCCCUGUCUGCAUCUGUAGGAGACAAAGUCACCAUCACUUGCCGGGCAAGUCAGGGCAUUAGCAGUUAUUUAAAUUGGUAUCAGCAGAAACCAGGGAAAGCCCCUAAGCUCCUGAUCUAUGCUGCAUCCAGUCUGCAAAGUGGGACUCCCUCUCGGUUCAGUGGCACUGGAUCUGGGACAACUUACACUCUUACCAUCAACAGCCUGCAGCCUGAAGAUUUUGCAACUUAUUACUGUCAACAGGGUUACAGUAACCCUCCCACAGUGUUACAAGUCAUAACACCCCUGUCAUCGUCCAAUGAGCCCAUGAACAUAGUGGCCGUGGUGACAGGGAUGGAGGUUGUGCAUGGAUUCAGCAACGUGGACUUCCACUCACAAAGGCUGAACUGUCUGGGGCCACUGCUGAGUGCCCAAUUUGCCAGUAGCAGCAGAGAUCAACAUGCAGAAUUCAACAUUCGACAGACUGCAGGAGUGGGAGCAUUUGGGGAAUACAGGAGACGCCAGCUGUUGUUCAACCAAACUGCCUUGGGUUAUAGUUCAGAUGAGACAUCUAGAAAUGGGUCUGAAGAUUCAGAAAAGUCCGAUAUGGAAAUAACGCUGUUUCUUUCAAUGUUUGGAGAGAUUAUCAGAAGCAGAAGAUACACAUUCAAGGAGCCUACAUUCCCUGUGCUCUCUCCCUGUGUUCCAGAAUAUUUAUCCAUGAAUCGACGUUCCAGCGAGGGACAAUUUCAGUUACUCAGCUCUAACAUUGCCUUGACUGAUCAGGACUCCUCAGUUCACCUUCUCACAAUGAAGUUCCCUGCUCAGCUCCUGGGGCUGCUAAUGCUCUGGGUCCCUGGUGCCAGAUGUGACAUCCAGAUGACCCAGUCUCCAUCCUCCCUGUCUGCAUCUGUAGGAGACACAGUCACCAUGACUUGCCAGGCAAGUCAGAGCAUUAGCAGCUAUUUGAAUUGGUAUCAGCAGAAACCAGGGGAAAUUCCUAAGCUCCUGAUCUAUGCUGCAUCCACUUUGCAAAGUGGGGUCCCAUCAAGGUUCAGUGGCAGUGGAUCUGGGACAGAUUUCACUCUCACCAUCAGCAGCCUGCAGCCUGAAGAUUUUGCAACUUAUUACUGUCAGCAUAGUUACGGUACCCCGUACACAGUGUUACAAGUCAUAACAUAA